UGACGAGAGGCGAGAGGAUGAAGCGUGUAUUUUCUUUGACAGAAAAGAGCUUGCUGGGAUAUCCAAUCCAUUAUGCCUGGCAGAGGAAUUUAGGAAAUUACAUUGCAGUUACAGGUGUUGACCAUACCGUUAAAAUCUAUGAUCGCCAUGGACAGAAGAAAGAUGAAAUUAAUUUACCUGGAGUGUGCUUUGCCUUGGACUGGGAUAAAGAUGGAAAUGCACUGGCUAUGGUUGCUGAUAAAUCUAGCUCCAUCUACAUGUGGGAUCCCAAUACCUGCAAAACCAGCCAAUUAGACAGCGGUAUGAGGGAUCAGAUGUCUUUCUUGCUGUGGUCAAAGGCUGGGUCAUUGUUAGCUGUUGGGACAUCCAAAGGAAGUUUGUUGAUGUAUAACCUUCAGACCUCUCGCAAGGUGCCUGUGCUUGGUAAGCACACCAAACGGGUCACAUGUGGGUGCUGGAGCUCUCAAAAUCUGCUAGCACUUGGUAGCGAGGACAAAAUGAUAACUGUUAGCAAUCAAGAAGGAGACACAAUUCGACAGACCUCUGUGAGGAUGGAUCCCAGUGAUAUCCAGUUCUCAGUUAUGAAGACUGAUGAGCGUGCAUCAGCAGGCGAAAGCACAGUAAGUGUUGUUGUAGGGAAGAAAACCUUGUUUCUCUUCAACCUGAAUGAUCCAGAUAACCCAAUAGAACUGGCUUUCCAGCCACGCUACGGCAAUAUUGUGUCCCACAAAUGGUACGGGGAUGGGUAUAUUAUGAUUGGCUUCUCUCAUGGAUUCUUUGUUGUGAUCUCUACACACAUGCGGGAAAUUGGACAAGAGUUAUUCCAGGCCCAUAACCACAAAGACAGUCUAACAAGCAUUGCCAUUUCACAGUCAUUGGGCAAAGCUGCUUCCUGUGGAGACAAUGUCAUCAAAAUCCAUGACUUGACUGAGCUUAAAGAAAUGUAUGCCAUCAUAAAUCUGGAUGAUGAAACAAAAGGGUUAGACACCCUUUCUUGGACAGAUGAUGGCCAGUUGUUAGCUGUAUCUACACAGAGAGGGUCCCUCAAUGUUUUCUUAACAAAGCUUCCAGUUCUUGGGGAUACCUGUGGUACUAAAAUUGCAUAUCUCACCUCUCUGCUUGAAGUCACCGUGGCCAACAGUGUGGAUGGAGAGUUACCCAUAACAGUUUCUGUGGAAGUGGAACCUAAUUUUGUUGCGGUUGGGCAAUAUCAUGUAGCUGUUGGCAUGAAUAACAGAGCUUGGUUUUAUGCACUUACACAAAAUGGUGUAGAAAAGCUGACGGACAUGGAAUACCUGGGAUCAGUGACCAAAAUGUGCUUGAAUUCUGACUAUGCUGCUGCACUUUUUGAGGGAAAAGUACAGCUUCAUGUGAUAGAAAGUAAAGAUGAGGAUGCCCAGGAAGAGAGGGAAACCAGGCUUUUUCCAGCUUCCGAUGAUAAAUGUAAAAUCCUGUGCCAUGCUUUGACUGGAGAAUUCUUGAUUUAUGCCACAAAUAAUGGGCUCAUUAAGUUUUUCUACUUGGAAGACUGGCAGUAUGUAAACGAAUACCGCCAUUCUGUAAGCAUACGAAAAAUCUUUCCUGAUGUCACUGGCACCACAUUGGUUUUGAUUGAUGAGAAAACUGAAGGCUUUGUGUACUGUCCGCUGAAUGAUAAUCUGUAUGAGAUUCCUAAUUUUUCCCCAACCAUUAAAGGAAUUUUAUGGGAAAACUGGCGAAUGGACAGAGGUGUCUUUGUUGCCUACGACGAUGAUAAAUUGUACACUUACGUCUUUCAUAAGGACACAAUACAAGGGUCAAAGGUUAUUCUUGCUGGGGGAACCAAGCUGCCAUUCUCGCAUAAGCCAGUUCUUCUACAUAAUGGGGACUUAAUAUGUCAGACUCAGAGUGGUAAACUAAACAACAUAUGUUUAGGCACCCACAGCUUUCUUGGCAAUAUAGGAGAUGCUGGGGCCAAUGAGCUAAAGAAAAUGUUGACCCAGGCUUUAAUGCUGCGGAGAUUUUCUGAUUCUUGGGAGCUGUGCAAAAGGUUAAAUGAGCAGAUAAAUUGGAAUGAGCUGGCCAGAGCUUGUCUCCAUCAUAUGGAGGUUGAGUUUGCAAUCCGAGUUUAUAGAACUAUUGGAAAUGUGGGCAUGGUAAUGUCCCUUGAACAGAUUAAGGGCAUAGAAGAUCAUAACCUUUUAGCUGGACAUCUUGCUAUGUUUGCCGGUGACUUCAACCUUGCUCAGGAUCUCUAUCUGGCAUCAAGUUCUCCUGCCGCUGCAUUAGAGAUGAGACGAGAUUUGCAGCACUGGGACAGCGCCCUGCAGUUAGCUAAACGCUUGGCUCCCAAUCAGAUUUCAUUCAUUUCAAAGGAGUAUGCCAUGCAGCUGGAAUUCACGGGUGAUUAUGUAAAUGCACUUGCUCAUUAUGAAAAAGGAAUUACUGGGGAUAACAAGGUGAGAUCUAAUGAGAGCAUAACAACAAUAGCUGUCUAUGGCAUAAUACAAUUAGCAGGUGCUAAAAACACGCAGCAGUAUAAUUUAGGCUGGCCAGUUUUUAUUAUUGAUAUUUAUUAUUAAUUGCUCUUAAAAUGGAUGAGUUAGACUUUUAAAGCAAAGUUUACCUACAGUAUUUAGAAAUAUUUGAAAUAUGUGUGAUAUUGAUUAGGCUGAAAUAAAUGUAGCAUUUUGAAUCAUACUGGGGUGGGUUUCUACCACUUGUCAUUGGUAUUCUUCCUUUUUGUUGGGUUUUCCCCUUGGGGUCCAGUGGGAAAUUGUGAUAAUACCCCAUUGUUUUAUCAUUAUUGGAGAUACAGUUUUUCAUAGCAUAGCAUAGUUUUUCUGUAGCAUCCUUUCAGCAAUGAAGAAGUAACCUGAAUUGAUAGCAUUCAGGAUAGUCAUAAUUACUGGAUAUAUCUGUCAGUAACCACACAUUGUAACUGGCAAACCUCUUAGAAGCACACAGUCUGAAAUAUGUAGUAUAAGCACUCGACAAUAGCAUACUGCAUAUACUGACUCUCUCCUUGGAUUUUGUUGGUUCUUCUAAAAGCACUUAGACAGGAGCAUAAGAGAGUUGCCCUGAAUGAACCCUGACAGAUAAACAUGUGGUAGAAUUGUAAGAUUCAUUAUGGCAGCAAGGCAUUAUGCUUAUCUGGGCUGUGCCCCUUAAUUCUAAGUUUCAGGAACACGAUGAAACAUGUCUGGCUGGAGUAGCUCGCAUGUCUAUUCGUAUGGGAGAUAUUCGCCGUGGGGUUAAUCAAGCUCUCAAGCAUCCCAGCAGAUCACUGAAGAAAGACUGUGGAGCCAUUUUGGAAAGUAUGAAGGUACUGACAGUCCAUUUUGUACAAAUGUAACUUUCUAACUCAGUCAGAGUUUUUGGGAGGCAGAAACACAAUGUUAAUGUGCUGAUGGAUCAGUCUGGCACUGUGUGCUUUCUCUUUAACUGUCCCUCACAAAAGCUCCUCCAAGGGAAAUGGCAACUAAACUGAAAAUGUCAUAACUGCAAAAUGAAAACCUAAUAUCAACACUCUUCCAUUGACUAUCUUACAUUAAAUAUUCUAAGCUAAUUCUUAAUUAAUUGCUAUGGGUAAAUGCACUAGUACUGUAUAUGUUAGUAUAUAAGCUUUAUUUUAUUUUUGGUAAACGUGUUGUAGGCACUGAUGGACCAAAUAGAGGUGUGGGCUCAGUUUUGUUCAUGGCCCCUAGCCUACCAAGGAUCUCUUCUAUACUUAGCAUCAAAUAAGCAUUUGGUAAAAUCCAAGUGAUAGAGCAUAGUUGGACAGUUUGUGUAAUAUUGACUUUCAGUACUUCUCAAGCAAUCCAGGCGGUAUUACUAUAAUAGCAAUACACAUAUUUAACUGUCUCUCUUUAGCAACUGACAGAAGCAGCCCAGCUGUAUGAGAAGGGGCAGUACUUUGACAAAGCAGCCUCUGUGUAUAUUCGCUGUAAGAAUUGGGCAAAGGUUGGGGAGUUGCUUCCACAUGUAUCAUCUCCAAAGAUCCACUUGCAGUAUGCAAAGGCAAAGGAGGCUGAUGGAAAGUAAGUAGAAAUGAUAGAAUACUGAAAGCCUAUUGGUGAGAGUUGUUUUAGAAUAAAGUGUGUUGUCUCUUUCAAGGGCUACUUCACUCAGUGUUAGUGUCAUUCAGGAAUAACAAACCUGAUAAUAGAAGUCAUUUACUACCAAUGGGAAGUGUGCAAGGAGCAAUAUCAGAUGCAAGUCUCCCUGUAUUUGUUACCCACAGUGUGCUUGUUUUACCCACAACAAGCAUUUUUCACAUAAUUGCAGCAUAAUUGUGGCUGUGAGGUGUCAUCAUUUCUGACACUCAUUUACUAACAUUCAUAUGUUUUUCACUGUUCGUGUUUUUUUUACGAGUAAAUUUUUUUUUUCGUGUAAAUACACCAUCUGAAAGCUGUCACGGUCAUAUACAGGUUAAUGGGAGUUAUCCCAUGCAAAUUGUAACGGUCUUUAUUUAAUUUAUGGUUUUAGAGGUUUUAAAUCAUUCAUGCUUUUUGAAUUCGGAUCUUUUAUAAAUGACUAGACAUUCAUGGAAAUGAGUUUAUUCAUGGUUUCAAAAAACUACUAAAAUUCAAAUCCUAAUUUCAUUAGUGAAGGAAAUUCACUUGUUCCUAAACUGCGGCCUCUGACAUGAUAAGGUGAGUUUGGGAAGAAUGAAUGUUUGAUUAAAUGUGUGAAUUGCUGAUACAACAAUGUUUUCAUCUUUACACUUAUUACUAGAAGGGAUUGAAUCCAAAAAGAGAAAAAACUCUGCUUUAGGUGGUAAAGUAGGUACUUAUCUACUUAUAUAAGUCAUGCAUUUAAAUGAAUAUUAUUCAGGAGUGAAAACUGGCGCGUGUGUAUUUUAACCCCUAGACGUCACUGUAUUCAUCUUUUCUUGAUUCAUUAGUCUCGCUAAAUGCUGAUACAUGAGUUUAUUAGAAAGCAAGAUGGUCAAGGACAAAUCCUACUUUUCUUACAGAAGAAAAUCAGAAGUCCAUCACGUGUUAAAUAACUCCACUGUUUGUGGCCAUAAGCUGUGAUUUGUACUUUCCUCAGGUAUAAAGAGGCUGUUCUCGCUUACGAAAAUGCCAAAGACUGGGAUAAUGUGAUCCGUAUUUCCUUAGACCAUUUAAACAACCCUGAGAAAGCAGUGGGUAUAGUGAAGGAAACACAGUCACUCGAAGGAGCCAAGAUGGUCGCCAGGUUCUUUCUGAAGCUUGGGGACUAUGGUUCUGCUAUCCAGUUUCUAGUUCUGUCCAAAUGCAACGAUGAGGCUUUCCAACUGGCGCAGCAGCACAACCAGAUGGAGAUUUAUGCUGAUAUUAUUGGAUCUGAAAACACCAGUACUGAAGAUUAUCAGAGUAUUGCUUUAUACUUUGAGGGAGAGAAGAAACAUUUCCAAGCUGGGAAAUUUUUCUUGCUGUGUGGGCAGUAUGAGAGGGUGAGUAGCCGGCUUAAACAUAGUAACAUUUUGUAUUUCCAUAGCCUGCGUUACUCCUUUAUUCCCUUAUAUAUAAUAUAUGUGUAGCAAACAGACUGAAGUGAGGAGAAUAUUUCCCCCUUCUCCCAGCAAUUCUGUGAAUUCUGUGCCUUCAUUGGAGCAAAGGAGAAAAAAAGGCUUUUAUUUCCCUUUCUGGACCUGUUACUGUAAUCUGGCUUCCACUGACUGCAUUAACCACUCUCAGUUAAGCGUAUUUCCCUUCUCUUCCCCUCUCCUUUCUUUUUUAUUCUUUUUAGUAUGUAAUAUCUUAAAGGAGACAUAAAGAAUGUAUAAUUAAGCACACAAAUUGGGUUCUGUUUAUCAGAAUCUCCAUCAAAACCAGUUUGCAAAUGUGGAGGCGGCACAUCCAAAGAACUGCAUGUUUAUAACACGGUGGCCCCUUUAUAUUUUUGUUUUUUAGUCUGAUGACUUUAGGUGAUUUAUAUCCUUUUGUUUAUGUUACAGGCACUAAAGCACUUUAUUAAAUGCCCAAUAACAGAAGAUAAUCUGGCCAUAGAAAUGGCAAUAGAAACGGUAAGUCUGGUUGCUCCUGUGCUGGGGAGAAUAUUCACUAUCAGACUAUGGAAUUACAACAGAGCCACCUGCUUCUGGGGAUCCAGAAAUAGAGGUUAAUGGGAGAGUCCUAACUUCACUAUAUGUCUGCAAAAUAGAUCACCUUACCCAAUAUUACAGGAUGUGGCCCCUUCUUGUUACACCACUGCUUGAUAGACAUGUUCAAAGGGAGAUAAAAGUCAGAGGAAAGAGAAGUUUGCACGUGUUGCUUAUUUUUUUUAUUGUUAUUGUUGUAAACAGGUUGGACGGGCAAAAGAUGAGCUCCUGACCAAUCAGCUCAUAGACUAUCUCAUGGGGGAGAAGGAUGGUAUGCCUAAGGUAAGCUUGGUUAGGAGCAUUACUUGUUCAUCAGCUGCAGCAAGCACCAUGGCAACUCCCACUUGUAUGAAAUAUUGCUAUGUGCAAUUACUACACUGCAGGUAUAAGUAUGUAUUUACACUUUCCUCACUGGGGGAAUGAAUAUGUUUCCUCAGAGCUUUGUUAAAUAUUAGGUAUACUUAGAUACAAAUACACCCAAACAUACAGGAAUCAAGUAACCACUGGAGAAUGUUAAUUUUACUUCAGUGUAUGAAUGAAUGAAUCCACACUUUUCAUCUUGUUGUUGGUGAACUAUCCUCUAUUUGGUAGAUACCGCGAGCUGCAAUAGCAGAAGACGCUAUAACCAACCACACCAUAUCACCAUUUGCUUUCAUAUGACGUUGUUCCACUUCCAAUAUUUUAAGAACAAGUUAUCCAAAAUGCAUUUUCUUUUUAGGAUGCAAAAUAUCUGUUCCGUUUGUACAUGGCACUUAAGCAAUACAGGGAGGCUGCCAGAACUGCAAUCAUUAUUGCCAGAGAGGAGCAGUCAGCAGGGAAUUACCGCAAUGCACACGAUGUCCUAUUCAGCAUGUACACUGAACUAAAAGCACAGAAAAUUAAAAUCCCAGCAGAAAUGGCCACCAACCUAAUGAUACUGCACAGCUACAUUUUGGUCAAGAUCCACGUGAAACGUGGCGACCACAUGAAAGGUGCUAGAAUGCUCAUUCGCGUUGCCAAUAAUAUUAGCAAAUUUCCCUCUCAUAUUGUACCGAUUCUUACAUCCACGGUGAUCGAGUGCCACAGGGCAGGGCUGAAGAACUCUGCGUUUAGUUUUGCCGCCAUGCUCAUGAGGCCCGAGUACCGCAACAAAAUAGAUGUUAAGUACAAGAAAAAGAUUGAAGCAAUGGUCCGGCGACACGAUUCCACAGAGGUCGAUGAAGAAAACACCCCGUGUCCAUUUUGUGGCUUCCAGCUGCCGGAGUGUGAGCUUCUGUGCCCAGGCUGCAAGAAUAACCUCCCUUACUGUAUCGCAACUGGUCGGCACAUGGUUAAAGAGAACUGGUGCGCUUGUUCACACUGUGGGUUUUCAGCCCUGUACUCAGAGUUCACAGCGCUGCUAGAAACUGAAAGCACUUGUCCCAUGUGCUCGGAACCCGUGUCUGCCAAGCAGCUGAACAGAGUGGCGGAUUGCACAGAGUAUCUCCGGCAGGAACAGGAGGAAUAAUGCUGCACUGCUGCUGCCGAUGAUGAAUCGUUUGGGUUUUGCGGACAGACGGGACUUGGUCAGAAAACAUUCAGAUUAUUUUUAUAAAGAGAGUUAAGAAAUAAAUGUAAAUAUAUUUUCAGAUAAAGGGAUUUUUGUAAACAUGUUUAUUAUACAUUUCUGGACAUUAAGAUUGAAUGUUACUGUUCCAUUUAUAUUAAGUCUAUUUACAUUUGUGAUUGUAAAAAUGAUUCCACGAAAAGACACUAAAAUCUUCUGGUAUAAAUAUUAUUUUGUGCUUAAUAUUAAAGACAAAGAAACCUAA